GAGUAGAAAGACAGGUUGAAAUUUAGACAAGACUUGGCCUUGAUCAUUUACUCUUGUUAUAGUCCUCCUCUUCCACCACUUCUCACUUCUCAGCCAGUCUGCCGACAGUCGACAGCCGACAGACUCACCCUCGCUCACGCACAAGCACUUUGCAAGGUCCAACGGAGAUCAUGAGCUCCAAGCAACAUGCAGCCAUUCUCUGCAGCCCGGGGAUGGGGCAUCUCAUCCCUGUACUCGAGCUCGGAAAACGACUCGUCACACACCAAAACUUCGCCGUCACAAUUUUCAUCUUCCCGUCUUCCGAGGCGGAACUCAAGGCAGCCGCGUCCACAAAAAUAUGUGACAUCGUCCAACUCCCACCCCCGGACACUUCAAAGCCUACAAACGCGUUCGUAAUGAUGCGAGAGCUGCGACAUGUGUUCCAGUCAGCCGUACGUGCCAUGAAGUUCACCCCGACCAUGCUUAUUGUGGACCUGUUGGGCACCGAAUCAUUUCCCAUUGCUGAGGAGCUAGGGAUUCCAAAGUACUUGUUCUUUGCUUCCAAUGCAUGGUUUUUGUCGUUCGUGAUUUGCUGUCCGACAUUCGACAAGGAAGUCGAAGGAAACUUCGUUGACCACAAAGAACCGUUGAAGAUCCCAGGUUGUAGGGAGUUACGUCCUCGGCUCGAUGUCAUUGAUAUUAUGUUGGACCGAACCGACCAGCGUUACCAUGAUUUUGUUGGGAUUGCAAGCCGGAUCCUCAAGUGUAGUGAUGGGAUAUUGCUAAACACGUGGAAGGAGUUAGAGCCCAUUACUCUUGCGGCGCUUAGAGAUGAGAACUUGUUGGGCAGGUACUCGACAGUGCCCGUUUAUCCAAUUGGGCCCAUAAUAAGGCCCAAUGAGUCCAACCGUUCGGAGGGUAAGGUGUUUGAUUGGCUAGACAAGCAACCAAAUGAGUCCGUAAUUUUUGUGUCAUUUGGUAGCGGUGGGGCUUUGUCGCACGAGCAAAUGAUUGAGAUUGCUUGGGGUUUAGAGUUUAGCCAACAACGAUUCAUUUGGGUGAUACGAUCUGCCACCGUAACAACUGCGCAUGCGGCUUAUUUUACGACUGACAGUGAUGUUGAAGGCCCGUUGAAGUACUUGCCUGAAGGGUUCAUUGAUCGGACCAAGGACCUCGGGCAUGUUAUUCCAUUGUGGGCCCCACAAGUGGAGAUUUUGGCCCAUCCAUCAGUUGGAGGGUUUUUGUCACAUUGUGGGUGGAGCUCAACCUUGGAGAGCCUAACCAACGGAGUGCCAAUGAUUGUUUGGCCUCUUUUUGCAGAGCAAAGGACGAACGCCACGUUGCUGACAGAAGAGCUUAGGGUGGCGGUGCGGUCGAAAGUACCACCGUGGAAAAAAGUUGUGGAGAGGAAGGAGAUCGAGGAAAUGGUGAGAAUGAUUAUGGAGGACCACAAAGGCUUUGUUUUGAGGGAAAGAAUGAAGAAGCUAAAAGAAAGUGCCUCAAAGGUAUUGGAAGAAGGGGGUUCAUCUUAUAAUGCUCUUUCUCAAUUUGCAAAGCAUGGUGAAUCAAUGUACAUGCAACUUGCCAAUGUCAAUGUUCGAAACUGAAUUGGAGGCAUUGUUUUGUAAUUUAAUUAUCUCAAUAAUACUUCUGAGCAUUAAUUCA